AUUUUCAUUCCAACAAACUCAUUUCUCAUUUCAACUCUCUCUCUCUAGAAACUUUCUCUCUCUAAACACUUCUUCUCCGACGACACUACCUCCGUGUCAACCACCACUUCACCACCAUGGAAAAACGUCCUCUCCAACCGUCCACCACCGCAAACAUUCCUUCGAAAACAAUUGAAGAAAUGUACCAAAAGAAAACACAGCUCGAACACAUUCUCCUCCGUCCCGAUACCUACGUCGGUUCAAUUGAAAAACACACUCAAAAUCUAUGGGUUUACGAAAACGAAGAAAUGGUUAACCGUUCAAUCUCCUACGUUCCCGGUCUCUACAAGAUCUUCGACGAGAUUCUCGUCAAUGCUGCUGAUAACAAACAGCGAGAUCCAUCCAUGGAUUCGUUGAAAGUAACGAUCGAUCCUGAGGCGAAUACGGUUUCUGUUUACAAUAACGGUGACGGUGUUCCGGUUGAGAUUCAUCAAGAAGAGAAGGUUUAUGUUCCGGAGUUGAUUUUUGGUCAUCUUCUUACGAGUAGUAAUUAUGACGAUAAUGUGAAGAAAACUACUGGUGGAAGAAACGGUUAUGGUGCUAAGCUCACGAAUAUUUUCUCGACUGAGUUUGUUAUUGAAACUGCUGAUGGACGGAGGUUGAAGAAGUAUAAGCAGGUGUUCACAGACAAUAUGGGGAAGAAGUCUGAUCCAGUGAUAACCAAAUGUAAAGCUAAUGAGAACUGGACCAAGGUGACCUUUAAGCCUGACUUGGAGAAGUUUAAAAUGACCUAUCUUGAAGAGGACGUUGUUGCUUUGAUGAAAAAGCGUGUGCUGGACAUGGCAGGGUGCCUUGGAAAGACUGUUAAGGUUGAACUCAACGGCACAGUGAUUCGUUUUAAGUCUUUCAAAGAUUAUGCUGAGCUCUUCCUGAAAUGUGCUGAGAAGUCCAAACCCAGUCCCCUGCCAAGGACUCAUACCAAAGUAGGUGAUAGGUGGGAGAUUUGCGUGAGUCUAAGUGAUGGGCAGUUUCAACAGGUCAGCUUUGUUAACUCCAUUGCUACAAUCAAGGGUGGGACUCAUGUUGAUUACAUCACCAAUCAGAUUACUACCUAUAUAAUGAACAAAGUGAAUAAGAAGAAGAAGGAUGCCAAUGUGAAAGCUCACACUGUGAAGAAUCAUUUGUGGGUUUUCGUCAAUGCUCUGAUUGACAACCCUGCUUUUGAUUCUCAAACCAAGGAAACACUGACAACUAAACCAGCUAGUUUUGGUUCGAAAUGUGAUGUUCCAGAAUCGAUGCUGAAGGAUGUUGAAAAAUCUGGAAUAGUGGACACCCUCCUAUCAUGGGCAGAUUUUAAGCAAAGUAAAGAUUUGAAGAAAACUGAUGGAACAAAGACUCAGAGGCUUCGUGGGAUUGUAAAGCUCGAGGAUGCCAAUGAUGCUGGCGGAAAGAACUCUGAUAAGUGUACUUUGAUAUUGACAGAGGGAGAUUCUGCCAAGGCUCUUGCUAUGGCUGGGCUCUCUGUUGUGGGUCGAGACCACUAUGGUGUGUUUCCAUUGAGAGGCAAAUUGCUCAAUGUGCGGGACGCUAGCAAUAAACAGGUAAUGGAGAACGAAGAAAUUCAAAAUAUAAAGAAGAUUCUUGGACUGCAGCAAAACAAAGAGUACACAAAUGUGAAGUCUUUGAGAUAUGGUCAUUUGAUGAUUAUGGCUGAUCAGGAUCAUGAUGGCUCUCACAUCAAAGGACUACUGAUAAACUUCAUUCAUUCAUUCUGGCCAUCACUGCUUAAAGUUCCAUCUUUCAUGGUUGAGUUUACCACUCCCAUUAUAAGGGCUUCUCAUAAAAAUGGGACAAAAUUGUCAUUUUAUUCCAUGCCAGAAUAUGAUGCGUGGAGAGAAAGAUUGGGGAACACUGCGAAUGCUUGGGCAAUAAAGUACUAUAAGGGGUUGGGUACAAGUACUCCCCAGGAAGGAAGAGAGUACUUUAAAGAUCUUGAUAAGCACAGAAAAGACUUCAUUUGGGAAAAUGAACUCGAUGGAAAUGCAAUUGAGCUGGCAUUCAGUAAGAAAAAAGCUGAAGAUAGGAAGAACUGGAUGCGUAGUUUUGAGCCCGGUACUUGUCGUGAUCAUGAAGCCAAACUUAUAAGCUACAAGGAUUUUGUUGACAAAGAGCUUAUAUUGUUCUCAAGAGCAGAUCUCCAAAGGUCCAUUCCCUCUAUGGUUGAUGGGCUUAAACCUGGUCAAAGGAAGAUUCUUUUCUGCUCAUUUAAGAAAAAUUUGUCCAAAGAAGUAAAAGUUGGCCAAUUUAUUGGUUAUGUGUCUGAGCAUUCUGCUUAUCACCAUGGUGAACAAAGUCUUGCCAGCACAAUUAUUGGAAUGGCACAGGAUUUUGUGGGCAGCAACAAUAUCAAUCUUCUCACACCUAAUGGUCAAUUUGGGACCCGUAACUUGGGUGGAAAAGACCAUGCAAGUUCCAGAUACAUCUACACUCAGCUAAAUACUGUAACCCGUAGCCUCUUCCAUGCUGAUGAUGAUAAGCUUCUUGAGUACUUGAAUGAGGAUGGGAGAUCCAUUGAACCAAACUGGUACAUACCAAUUAUUCCUUUGGUUCUUGUCAAUGGUAGUGAGGGAAUUGGGACAGGUUGGAGUUCUUUCAUUCCUAACUAUAAUCCCCGAGAAAUUAUUGCCAAUGUUCGACGUUUGUUGAAUGACGAGGAAAUGGUGCCUAUGGAUCCAUGGUACAAAGGAUUCAGAGGAACCAUUGAGAAAAGCGCCAAGGAAGGAGGCUAUAUAGUCAAUGGCUCAGUGGAGGAAAUAGAUGAUAUAACUUUCAGAAUCACGGAGCUUCCUAUUCGAAAGUGGACUCAAGAUUAUAAGACGUUCCUUGAACUAACAACUGAAGGGGCGCCUAAUGUGAAGGAUCCUCUCAUUGAAGAUUUUAAGCAAAAUGGGGAUGAUGCAAUCGUAGACAUUGAAGUCAGGAUGAAGGCAGAAAAAGUAGCUGCAAUAAUGCAAGAAGGAUUGUUCAAGAAAUUUAAAUUGACCAGCACUAUUAGCACAAGCAACAUGCAUCUUUUUGACGCAGAGGGAAAAAUAAAGAAAUUUGACACCCCAGAACAAAUUCUUGAAGAGUUCUAUCCACUUCGGCUGGAGUAUUAUGAGAAGAGAAAGAAAUAUAUAUUGGCCAACCUUGAACGACUUCUGUUGAUUUUAGACAACAAAGUUAGGUUCAUAUUAGGGGUUGUGAGUGGUGAAAUUAUUGUAAGCAACCGGAAAAGAACUGAACUGUUGAUUGAGCUGAAGCAGAAAGGUUUUACUCCCAUCCCGAAGAAAGGUAAAUCUGCAGAACCACAAGUUGCAGGGGCUAAUGAUGAAAAUUCAGAAGAUCAGGAAGAUAGUGAGCGGGAAACUGCAUCUAAGUCUGUCAAUGUUGAAGGAGCAACAUGGGGUGACUACGAGUAUCUUUUAUCCUUGUCUAUUGGUACUUUGACCCUUGAAAGUGUUCAGAAGCUGCUAGAUGAAAAGGCCGACAAGGAAAACGAGUUUGAGAUUUUGAUGGGAACCCCAUCAAAGUCACUGUGGUUGAAGGAUCUAGACGAGCUUGAAAAGAAACUUGAUGAGCUUGAUAGAAUAGAGGCAGAAGAGGGUCAAAAGCGAUCAACCAUGUCAAAUAAAAAGAAUCGUUUGGCUACAAAACCUGCAAAAAAGCCACCACAGCCGCGAAAGAAUACUAAGAAAGCAAAUGUUGAACCAGAGAAUGACAAUUCUUCAAUGGAAAUUGAGAAUGCUGUUGAAGUUGUAAAACCAGUUGAAGUUGCAAAACCAAAAGGACGAGCAGGUUCUAAGAAGAAUGCUCAGACGGAAGCUGAUGACGAAAUUCUCUCUCUUCAAGAACGCCUAGCUGUGUAUAACUUAGAAUCAUCUGGUGAAAAGUCACAAGCCAUGGAAGAAGAACCCCCUGUGCCGCCUGCUGGGAAGAAACAGAUUAACAAAAGGGGUGGUGCUAAAAAGAAGUCAAAUACCAUAGUGUUGGAAUCAGACAGUGAUAACGAAGUUAAUGAUGUUGAAGAUGACGAUGACGACUUCGAAGUUCAAGAAAACGCUGCUCCAGCUAAGAAGGGUGGGAGAAAGCCUGCUGCUCAAAAUGCCAAGAAGGCUGCUGCUGAGGAUGAUGAGUUUGAAGUUCAAGAGAAGGCUGCCCCGGCUAAGAAGGGAGGGAGAAAGGCUGUUCAAAAUGCCAAGCCACCUGCAAAAGCAGCUGCAGCUCCCAAGAAAAGAAAUGUAGGCAGCAAAUCAACAUUGGGUCAAAAAUUGUUAACUGAUAUGUUGCAGCCAGCUGAAAGUAUAGGUACAUCACCAGAGAAGAAAGUGAGAAAAAUGAGGGAGUCACCAUUUAACAAGAAGAGUGGUUCUAUAUUGGGCAAAACUGCUAACAUGGAUAUAAGUCCAAUUGCAGAUUUGUCCGAGGGCUCUACUUCUAACUCUCCUACUGCAGAGGAUGAGGUGGUUGAGAUUGCACCUCAGCCAGCAAGGGCUAGACCUCAGAGGGCCAAUCGUACUCAAAUGAAAUAUGUAGUCAGUGAAUCCGAGAGUGACAAUGAGUCUGAUGAUGAGGAUGCAGAGUUAUCAGAUUUUGAAGAAGACGACGACUAGACUGUUCGUUUGAUUGCAUUACAAUGUAGUUGGAAUUUUAUGAAUUAGUAAACUAGGUGGCUUCUAUGCUGUUAUUCUGUAAAACUUUGAUCUGUGUCUUGCAGAUUUUUCAUUUUAGUUUGAUGUCUCUGAACUUGAAUAAGUUUUGCAUGAAUGGAUCAGAUUUAUGACUCUAACCAUAUUUUUUCUAUUCCUUGAAUUAAAUAGUUCAGAAGUUAGUUUUUGUAUA